AUGACUAAGGACGAGGCAAUUAGGGAAGGAUUCGCCAGCCCAGGAUCACUAUCCGACUGGCACGCGAGUGUAGCGCGAGAAUAUUCCCGUCAAUCCGUGGACUCGCCUUCCAUUAGAUCCAUUCAGGCAAAUCUGAUCCUGGCAUUGAGGGAAUUGCUAACCAGAACCUCAUACAAAGCAUGGACCUUCGCGGGAGUAGCCAUUCGACAAGCACAGGCUCUGAGACUGGGCCAGGAAUAUCAUAAGAGACUCGGUAAUCGGCAAAAGGAAGUUCAAAGACGUACAUAUUGGGCUUGUUUCAUCAUGGACCGCCUUAUAUCACAUUCCUGCUGGAGACCCCAAACACUCGACAUCGACUGUGUGCGCCUCAAUUUACCCGCGCCCGAGAACCUGUUUACGUUCGAUGAACCUUUUGAGGGUCCGAAGAUACAAACACUGACGUUCCAAACCGAGGUAUCUCGGCUUGGGUUAGCUCCAUAUUUUCUUGCAGCUCUACAUCUGUGGGCACAAGCGACAUACGUCCAAGUCAAAGGGGGCCGUCAGCAUCACCGAGAUCACCCGAGCAUUCCAGAGAGCGAUCUCUAUCACCUCGAGAAAAAGAUAGAAGAAUUCUGCAGCUCCGUUCCUCCGUCCAUGCGAUGGUCGACCCAGAAUAUGAGAGUCUUCCACCAUACGGGACAACAGGGCCUCUUCGUGAAUUUUCAUUUUCUUAUCAACCAUAUGAGAAGUGCGAUGCACCAAGAGUAUCUCCCUUAUCGAGAUUCGACUAAUACGACAGCAACACAAAAUGGUCUGCAAGAUGAUCAUGAUCAGAAUGCUGGGGAUUUUGGUGGUUGGGACGAGAAACUCGUUUCUAUCUGCAUCUCGAGUUCCGAGGCGAUUCUGGAAAUUGUUGCCGAAUUAUAUAGCGACGACAGAUCUGCUAUCUCUCCCUUACGAUCAGUCUUUGCUGCUAAUGCAAUGCUAUCUGCUGCAAACAUACAGCUCUGGAUUCGAUAUGUGGACACCAAAGGUGAUGCGAUAUGGGCAGCCGCCGCAGCAAAGGUUGACGAAAUAUCGUCGGUUUUCGAGCUUUGGCGAAAUCAAUGGCCCGUGGCAGAUGCUUGGAGUAGUACGCUGGCAUCACUACGGCGACUAUACGAAGCCACCUAUUCCAUGAAUAUUGGUUCCGGAAAUGAAAGUGGCAACCUAGAAAAGAAUGCUGACGCACUACCUGCCAUCAUCGAACGUGAUGACUAUGAGCAAUCAUGUCUACAACUUAUCGAAGGAAAUGGUCUUCCCGAUUGGAAUGAAGGAAUCAGUGACAAGAUUAGAUUUCUUCUCCUAGCCUCGCUCGAAGAUACUGAUGCGAGAGAGCGAGUACUGAGCUCAUCGAUCAGCAUAUUGAAACAGCAGUCUUGGGAAUAUGAGGGAUUUCUAGAAGACUUGGAGCAUGGAUUCUCCGACCUCGGUGCGGAAAACUCAUGGCCAGGUUUUGUUGAUGACUAUGUUUGA